AACACUUAUAAUGCGGGGUAAAAGGGGAGUGAGUCAUCUCGCUUUGCUUCAACACUCUUUGUAAAAACAUAUCCGACGUCAUCACGUUAUGUUUGAACGUGGCGGCGCGCUCCCGAGGAGCUGAACGUUUUCAACUCGCUCGCUGCUGCCUGGUAGCGUUUUGUUUGUAAAGUUGAAGACGUGGGAACAAAACAACAAGUUAUGUUGACACGCAGUCAUUGAAUGGCGUUCAGUGUCUCGGUAAGUUUGGUGUGCGGACCGAUCAAAUAACGGCUUUCAUCGCGAUAUCUCAUGACUGCGAUGACCUGCAAAUUAAGUGGCCUGUUCAGCAUUGGCGAGGACUUUGAUGAUGAGGACCUGCUGGGGACAGACUGGGCUGUCCGCUCAUCGUCUGGACCAGCCGAUGUGGCAGCUGCCGUGUCAUCCCGCUCGCUGCGGGCUUCCUCUGUUUCUCUCAGAGAGCCGGGGAAAAACUGCCUUCAGCUCACGGGAGAGAGAUCUGCAGCCCUGUGUAAUGGCACCGCAUCAAAGAGCAGCACGCACACUGCUGCUAGACAAACCGGCCUGGGUCUGAGACGGCCCUCCUCCUCCUCCUCCUCUGCUCAGCCCCUUCCUCCCACACUGAAUAACUCUCAGCCUAAUUUGGCUUCACGACAGAGUCACGCGGAGGGUCCGCCGACGCCCUGUGUGGCUCAGGACGAUUUUGACGACUGGGAUGUUGACCUGGCAGACCUGGACGAGUGCGACCGCCAGAUGGGACGGCCUCCUGCUCCAGUCCCACCUGCUCCUGCGGUCGAUCCGGCAUCUUCAUCCAAAAUGCUGCGACCCCCGACCUGUGGAGGGAUUCAGACCCACCCUAACCGGUCCCUGAGAGACUUCAGCACCGCACGCCAGGCUUCUGGCUCAUUUAGUCGUGACCUACCUCCUCGGAUCUCCUCCACUCCUCUUCUGCGAUCCCCGAAUCCCCGCCCUGCUCUCCUCUCAGCCCCUCCACAGAGUCCCAGUGUUUUCCCCGGCCUCACUACGUCUUCUCCGGCCCCCAGCCCCAUUUCCAGGACACUAAACAGGCCCCAGAGGCCGUGGGCCAAUCCGGGACCCUCCCCUCAGGUCCUCUUUGCGACGGUCUCCUCCCCAGCGCCCUCUUCCUCCUCCGCUCUGAGCCCUCAUCCCCUUCACACACCGCUCCUCACCAACCGCCUGGUCCAGUUGGUGUCGGCCUCCAAUAAGCUCCCUCAGAAGAGGCCUCGGUCUGAGCCUCAUCGGUCCAGACGCUUCCCCGGCCCCGCCGGAUUCCUGCCCCAGCAGCCGCAGGGUCAGAACCUGGACGACAUCGUGGUCUCUGUCCCUCAGACUCCUGCUCACGGGGUUGUGGCGCGGUCGCCAAGCCAGGGCUCCAGCUCACAGACUGAAGAAGACGAGUUCAGCGGCGGCGGCUGGGCCGCGAUGAAGGCCGAGAUGGGAUUGGAUGAGAGGAACCCGUCGUGCUUCCUGCACUCUUACAGCGUCGUCAUGGUGCUCCGAAAGGCUGCACUGAAACGGCUGGCGAGAAACAAAGUGCCCAACAUGGCCGUGCUCCUGAAGAGCAUCAUCCACACGCACGGCGACGCCAAGGCUGUGUUUAAAGACCCGACAGGGGAGAUUCAGGGGACGGUGCAUCGACGCCUCCUCGAGGACCGAGAGGAGGAGCUGAAGGUUGGAGCUGUGCUCCUACUCAAACAAGUGGGUGUGUUCUCCCCCUCCCAUCGUAACCAUUACCUGAACGUGACACCCAACAACCUGCUGAGGAUCUACGCCCCCGAUGGAGUCGCACUGUCCUCCACUCAGCUCCCCCCGCUCAUCCUGGAGCCGAUGUCCCAGGCUGGUCCCUCCCCCGCCGGCCUCCAGGGGACCGUGUCUCGGAUGCAGCUGGUGUUUGACGAGGAGGACGACGACGACGAGGGACAAGAGGUGGGGAAAUGCUCAGAGGGAGGCGAAGACCCGAAAGUCCCAAGAGACACUAGAGCCAGCUCCAGCAGAGGCCCCCGAGAGCCUGCGGGGAACCCUGCACCACAGGACUCGGGCUGGGAUGCAGAUGAUGACCUGGAUGAACUGCUGGGAGAGUUACCCGAGGACGCGUACAGCCUUUGAUGUUCCACCAGCAAACCCUCCACCGACUGAGUUCAUGUAACUGAUCAACAGUGAAGCUGUUUCGCUUCCCUGACAUCACCUCUUUAAAAUCACAAUCGUCUCAACCACUGAAGAACUUGUGAAAAUGUCGUCCUCGACUGUGUUCGAUGCCCGGUUCAUAAACGCCACAGAGAAGUCGUCUCCAGUUAAUUUGCUGUUACUGUGUCAUUUCUGUGCAUCGCCGAUGAUCGAUGUGUUCUAAGAAGCAGACCCUCGAAGUCAACGCGUGCUCAUUAAUUCAUUACAAAAGCUCUGUUUGAUUUCACCUUCACAAAGAAUAUAAUUAGUCUGCAGGUUUCUGUAUCAGGGAUGCAGCCCCCCCCCCCCUCACUUUACGUUUGUUAUCUGUUGUUGCACUUUACUUCAGCAACCUUGAAAUAAACAACUAAUCUGUGCAGCAUUGAUUUGCUAAUCAUGCGAAAUGAAAGCGAGGUGCAGGCGUCUUUGUUGGUUUUCGUCCUUGCCCUCCAUUUUCAGUGGUGUCUGUUUGUCCGAGCCUCAGAGUGGAGUAGAUGCACUGUGACCCGGCUUGUUUGCCAUGCAUUAGGUGUCUCUGAGGGUUGUUUUUAUGGGGGGGGGGGGGGGAAGGAUUGCAGGGGGGUAUUCUCAGGCUCUCAUGUGGUUUGCUUGACCAAAAAAAAAAAAAAGUGUUUAUCUAGCCCAGUCUGCAGAGAGCCAGAUCAUCAGGGUGGAGUCGUACUGUGACUAACAGGCUCUUUUAUGGAGGCUUUCCCAACAGCACCCAGAACCCCCCUCCCUUCAUCCUGCCUCACUGUAAAAGAUUCAGGUUAAUGCCUGGUUUAUGUUGAAAAGUGAGGGAUAAGUACAGUUUACAUUAGUCUCUAAGUGUUUAGUUAUUUUUGCACAUUUAAGCUUACAUUAUAGCCUUCUGUACAAUGACUUUGUGGUCAAAGUACUGACUUUCAGCUCAAAUAUGAUGGUGUUUACAUCCAUAUGGGCUGAACUGUGUUGGAAUCACAGCCUUGUCUUUGUCCCACUGCUUUAGCAACCGGGUAAACCUUAUCUAAGGGCAUUGUAACCAGUCCACCGCCAUUAACUCAAUAUGGGGUUGAACUCCCUGUAUUUCUCACUCCCCUAGCAGUGGUAAGUUACAUUAAAACAAUUCAGCAGCAGCGUGUCUUUCCAAAAGACGGGAUCCAGGUUACUGUGGAUGAUCCACGCCUCCCACUGUGAACAGUUUUCAGUGAAGCUACUUUAUACUGCAGAUAAAUGAAAACAGUUGACUGUGUGUUGAGUGCAUUAUCUAGAGUAACCAGGGCACUGUUUAUCAAAAGAUCAUUUUAAAAACACAAGUUACUAUAUUGUUUCGAGCGGCACAAACCUGUAUUUUAUUGGAUAAAAUGUCUGCAUCGAGGUUUGCUUGUUUUUGUCGUUUGGGCAGACCAAUUUGUUUUGGUGUUUACGUCUGUAGGGGGUGAACACGAUCUCAUUUGUUAGUAUUUAUGUAUUGAUUUGAACUCCCUUGAAUGUAAACUGAAAAUCAGACCUGUAACCUCACAGCCACGGAUUGAUUUCAGUGUACUGCAGUACACGGAACAAAACUGUGUCACUGUCUAAGUACUUAAAGACUGCACUGUGCACAGGAUAGAUCACAGGGGGUCCCAAAUACAUCUUAGCACUUUAUUGACUUGUGAACCCUGAAAACAAAGCUGUGUCUACUUCUGUAGAGGCCAAGACGAAAGGUAUCCAGGAAUCCACAAGAUUUAAGAUUGGAUGAAAUUCAUCUGCAGCAAAUAAACAUAAUGAAAAAACAAUAAAAAUAUGUUUUUCUGCU